ACGUGGUGGACGAGCACAAGCUCAGCGAGUCCGCCGCCCUGGCCACGGCACACGUGACCACUUCUUCAGACGAAGAGGACCACCCUCACCACACCCUUCAGAACAACAGCAACGAUGGCGGCGUUGUCGCGACCACGACUACGACCACCGAGUCCGGCGGCGGCAACAAGGAGAGAAAGGACGUGCGCUCGGCUGUCACGCUGAGGUGCCCCGUCCUGGAUCGGAAAUCGGAAAUCGUGAAAGUGAAAGAAGCGGCCGCGUCGGACGUCAAAAAGUUUGUGGUAGACAUUUCCUCCGCUCGGACCGGAAGUGACGCCGGCGCAGACGACGAGGAGGAGGAGGAGAGUGACACGACCAAGAGGGAAAUCGACAGCAGCGUCGCCUUCACCUCCUCCUCCUCGCCCCCCGCCACUUCUGCUGCUGCUGCUGCUCGCUCGGCCGGCGGUGACGUCAGCGGCGGUUGCCAUGCCAACGAGACAAGCGACGGGGUAGCAGCGCGAGAGAGUGCAGCCAUUAGGACAGGCGACGGAACCGCCACGAUCACCACCACCACCACCACCGGCCAAGGACCGAGGCGAGAGGAGGUGGAGAAGAAGGCUGGGAGGUUGUUGGUUGUUGGGGCAGCAGACGUUUGUCGGGAAGAUAACUGCUCACACGGAAAGGAGGAAGAAGGAGAGGAGGAGGAAGAGGAUGGCAAAGGGGAGGCUCCUGCUAAGGCGAAGAAGGAAGAUGGAGAGGAGAAGACGAAUGGGGAUAAACAGCCCGAAGGAGGGCAGCUGAAGAACGACAGAAGCAAUGAAGAGGACCGUGAAACGAAAGAUGGGUGUGGUGCGGAGGAGGAGUACGUUCUGCAGUGCAUCUACUGCCCCAGCACGUACGGCCGGGCCACGCUGCUGCGAGACCACAUGCGCGCCGACCACCCCGAGAAGCCUGUGCGCUACCAGUGCCCUCGGUGUGAGCAGACCUUCCUGCUCAAGUCUCACCUGGACAAGCACCUGGCACUACACUCGCCCACCUCGCAGGCCUGCAAGGUGUGUCAAAAGACAUUUGCCAACGUGUACCGCCUGCAGCGUCACAUGAUCAGCCACUCCGAGUCCACCGACCUGCGCAAGUUCAAAUGUCCCGAAUGUGGCAAGGCUUUCAAGUUCAAGCACCAUCUCAAAGAACACAUCCGCAUCCACUCGGGAGAGAAGCCCUUCCAGUGCCCCACCUGCUCCAAACGCUUCUCGCACUCGGGCUCCUACAGCAGUCACAUGACCUCCAAGAAGUGCUGGGUCAUGGGCCAGCAGAACAAGGCAGCGCAGCAGGCUCAAGGUCGCCGGCCUCCCGUGGCCGAGCGAGAGGAGUCAGGCGGCAGGGGGGCUAACCCCGGGGCUGCGUUCCCUGGACAGGAAGGAGCAGCGGCUGCGGCAGCCGCCGGAAGGUUCUUGUUCCGACCUCUGGGUCAGGUGUUCUCGCAGCCUCUGGCCUCCCCACCACCAGGUAUGUUGUGCGUUCCCUCAGCCUUUCCUCAAGUUUGA